AUGCCACCCCUGCCCGAGUUCUUCGAGUGGGAAGCCGCCGAAAACGUUGGCCAGAUUCCACGGCCGAUGCGCAUCGAGAACCCAAACUUCAACGCCGCUGUAGGGAGAUUCCUCGCCCUCGGGCUCCAGACCCAGCAGCGGUCCAAGGUCGACCAUGCCUCCAACGCCGAGGCAAACAACGACGCCGCCACUGCCACCUUGCGACUCCAUCAUCGGGACGACAAGCUCCCUGCCAGCCUUCUCCAGGUCAUUGUAUCCCGCGACGGGCUGGAUCUUGUGGGGAAUAUAGUCAUGUUUGAGAAGGCGAGUGAGGAUUCGGCAUGCGCAGAGAGCGUCCGGCUCGAGGGCCACGAGGAUCAAUACCGGCGGAGAGAGAGGAUGGCGAGUGUUUUGCAGAUGCGAGUAGAGCUUCGAUAUCAGGGAACGCGGCAGAUACAUGGCUCGGAUUGGCGAUUCUGUAUGUCUAUAUCAACACCCAAUGGAAGCAAUCUGUCAAGGAUGAUGGACUAG